GCACUAAGUACACACAGUUAAGAAUCAUCUUAGCAGGUAGCUAGCGAUCAGUCUCGAGAUAAUUAAUAGACGAGAUGAAGCUCAACUCUGGCGCCCUUGUGUUGUCUCUCUGCCUGCUGCUCGCCUUCUUGGCCGGGCAGCCUGCAGCGGCCGGCAGAGGCGACGGCGGAAAGAAGGACGGCGACGGCGGGAAGAAAGGCGGCGGUGAUGGCGGCAAGAAGGGCGGUAAGAAGGAUGUUGACGUGGAGAGCACGGUUAGGAUGAUAGUGGCCAAGGCCAUGGAGGGCAAGCCCCGCGUCGGCGCCGCCCUCGUCCGGCUGCUCUUCCACGACUGCUGGGUCCACGGUUGCGACGGGUCCGUGCUCCUGGACACGGUGCCCUACGGCAGCGGCAGCGGCGAGAAGGACGCCGAGAACAACAUCGGCCUCGAAGGCUUCGAGGUGAUCGACGACAUCAAGGCCGAGCUCCUCCGCCUCGCCGAUGGCUACGACAACGUCUCCUGCGCCGACAUCCUCGUGCUCGCCGCCCGCCAAGCCACCGCCAUCCUCAGCCGCGGCAAGAUUGUUUACGCCGUCAAGCGAGGCCGCAUGGACGGCGUGGUCUCGUCCGCCGCCGACGCCGACGCCGUGCUUCCACCCUCCACCUUCAAGAUCAAGCAGCUCAAGGACAACUUCAAGGCCAGAGGCUUCAACACACGGGAGCUCGUAGCUCUCUCCGGCGCGCACGCCGUCGGCGUCGCCCACUUGUCGUCCUUCGUCGACCGCCUCAACACCGCCACGCAGUCCCCGAUCAGCGGAGCCUACCAGAACGCGCUCCGGAGCCACACGGAAGCUCAGAAGACGGCGCAAGGGACGAAUGACCCGAUCGAGUUCAACAACAUCCGUGACAUGGACAAGCAGUUCCAGAACGCCGCCGGCUACGUCACCACCGGGGUGGACGUGACGGCCAACGGCGUCCUGGACAACAGCUACUACAAGGCCAACCUCCAGAACAGGGUGCUCUUCAGGUCCGACUGGGAGCUCCGCAACGACACCGACACGGGCGCGAACAACGCCGGGAAUGCCCUGGAUGAGUUCGGCGACAACGCCGGCAAGUGGUUCCUCGCCUUCGGUCAGGCCAUGGCCAAGCUCAGCGACAUCCCCGCCGACGGCCCGCGCUUCGAGAUCAGGAAGAACUGCAGAAAGAUCAACUAGCAAGAAGGGCCACGUACCGCGCGCGAAUUAAACCGGCUUGUAGUGUAUACAAAGCCUGCUUGUAAUGUAAUGGUUCGUAUUUGAAAGGUUUUAUAUAUGGAUCUGAUUUGUAUUACUCAUUUACUCCUCCCUCCUAUUAUAAUGGUAAUAAAAAGUUGAAACAUUUUUA